AAUGCUUUUUACGUCCUCUCUGGAGUGCCACAUCACUGGGAGUCUUCAAGUCAAAAAUAUCAUCUGAAAUCAGCUCGUGUAGCAGGUGUUGAGUGGUUCUUGUCAUUGGGCUUCUUUUCUCAGGAUCUUCUCAAGGACCACAUGUCGACCUCGGUGCAGAUGGAAGUAGCAGCGGAGAGGAGUUAUGGUGGAGUGGGCCGCUGCAAGUGCUCCUUCUGGUUCGCCGUGGCCCACGACAUCCUCGGCGUGCUCAUCAUGAUGGUUGGGGUGUUCGGGGGCCUGGCCAUCCACGACCUUUUCAUCUAUGCCGGCGCCAUCGUCAUCUUCCUCAGUCUCAUCUGGUGGGUGUUCUGGUUCUCGGGCAACAUCGACGUGCCGCCCGAGGAACUGGAGGACGACGUGGGCCUCAUCAAGCCGAGGAAUCGAGGACUGAGCCGAGUGGUGAGGCGCGUGUCCAACCAGCUCUCUAACGGUAUUCGGUCUUCCCUGAGAAAGAACGCCGGCUUGACCAGAGAGUCUCCUCUGAGUAAAAGACCCGCAAACGCUGAGGGUUCACUCUUCACCAUCUUCGACAGCAGCAUGACCUCGUCACCCAAGCAACUUGUGAGAGAGACACUAUCUAUAUGAAU